AUGAGAAUGACGCUUGUCAGAACGGUGACGCUGGUGUGUUUGCAACUCCUGCUGCUUUUUGUGGAAUGCAGAGUAAAUGGCAUGAAGUGUCCGGAGACAGACCCUCUCCCUGUGCCCCAUGAGUGGUACCAGCCAGGUGACCUCCUCAUUGGUGGGAUUACUUCUCAGAUCAUUUACACUUUCCAUAGGGUUCCUUUCACAGACCAUCCUUUGCAGAAGUUAUUUGAGCUUCCAGAAAUGGUGACCAAGUUCUACCAGCAUGCCCUGGCCUUGGCUUUUGCUGUGAAUGGUAUCAAUGAGAACCCCCAUAUCCUGCCAAAUAUCACCCUUGGAUUCCAUAUCUUAGACAGCUACUAUGAUGCAAAGAUGACUUACCGGACCACCCUGCAUAUGCUCUUCAAAUCACAGGGAUUUCAGCCUAAUUACAAAUGCGAUUCCAGGAGAAAGAUGAUAGCCAUUGUCGGUGGAUAUGAUGCUGCUGGGUCCUUCCAUGUGGCAGAUAUCUUAGGAAUUUACAAGAUUCCAAUGGAAGGAUAUCUCACCUAUGGCUCAUUUGCACCUGAGGAGAGAGAUGUGACAGAGUCCCCUUCCUUUUUCCGCAUGGUCCCAAACGAAACCCCUCAGUACAUGGGGAUCAUUCAAUUGCUUCUCCAUUUUGAAUGGACAUGGGUUGGCCUCUUUGCUGUAGAUGAACACAGUGGAGAACAUUUCUUGCAGGCUAUGGAGAUGUUGUUUUUCCAGAACAGAAUUUGUUUGGACUUCACAGUGAAAAUCCCAAACCAGUCCAAAUGGGAUACUUUGGGGGAUGUGAAUGACUUAAUCUUAAACGUAUAUCGACCUCUGACACAAAGCAAAGCCAAUACUUUUAUCAUCUAUGGAAAAGCUCUGACUAUGAUAAUGAUAAAUACUUGGGUGGUUUUAGGAGAUCCUGGCUAUGAAGAAAACUCAUUAUAUAGAAAAGUAUGGAUUCUGACAGCCCAAGUUGAUUUCAUAGACAGAGGUAUUAUAAAUGGUUUUAGUUCCUACAUGUUUCAAGGUGCUCUCUCAUUCACAGUUUGCACCGAUGAACUUCUUGGAUUCAGGAAGUUUCUCCUGAACAUCAACCCUUAUUGGACAGAACACAAUGAUUUUCUUAAGGAGUUCUGGGAGGAAUCAUUUCUCUGUACCCUUUCAAAUUCAAAGGAGCCAAUAAAGAUCAAUGAAACAUGUACUGGGGAGGAGAGACUGGAGAGUCUUCCUGGGCAUAUUUUUGAAAUGCCCAUGUUGGGCCACAGUUACAGUAUCAGUAAUGCUGUCUAUGCUGUGGCACUGGCUUUACAUGCCAUGUACUCAUCUAGACCCAACCACAGAGCAACAGUAGGUGACAAAAGAGAUGCAUAUCCACCCAGCCAGCCUUGGAAGCUUUACUCUUUUCUUCAAGGCCUUUCCUUUAAUAAUUCAGCUGGAGAAACCAUGUCCUUUAAUAGGAAUAAAGAAAUGGGAACUGGAUUUGACAUCAUGAACAUGGUCAUGUUCCCCAAUAAGUCCUUCCUUCGAGUGAAAGUUGGAAGGGUGGAUUUAGAUGCCCGCGAAGGAAAAGGAUUCAUCAUUCAUGACAAUAUGAUCGUAUGGCACAGGCAUUUUAACCAGGUGGUGCCCGUUUCUGUGUGCAAUGAUCCCUGCCCCCCUGGUUAUCACAAGCAAAAGAAGGAAGGGGAGAAAUUUUGCUGCUAUGAUUGUUCUUCUUGUCCAAAAGGGAAGUUUUCAAAUCACAAAGAUAUGGAUGACUGUUUUAAAUGUCCAGAAGAUCAAUAUCCAAGCAAAGACCAGGAUGGAUGCAUCCCUAAGAUGUUAAGCUUUCUUUCUUUUGAAGAACCUCUAGGAAUCAGUCUGGUUUCACUUGCUCUUUCUUUGUCCUUGAUCACAGCCUUAGUUCUAGGAAUUUUCAUUAAACACAGAGAUACUCCAAUUGUCAAAGCAAACAACAGGAAUAUCACCUACACUCUCCUAAUCUCCCUCCUGUUCUGCUUCCUCUGCUCUUUGCUGUUUCUUGGAGAACCAAGUAAGGUGACCUGCUUACUCCGACAAUCUGCUUUUGGCCUCAUCUUCACUGUGGCUGUGUCUUGUGUCUUGGCCAAAACCAUCACUGUGGUGGUAGCUUUUGUGGCUACUAAGCCAGGGUCCAGCAUGAGAAAGUGGGUGGGGAAAAGACUGGCCAGCUUCAUGGUUAUCUCUUGCUCCCUCAUUCAAGCAAGCAUUUGUACAGUGUGGCUAGGAACCUCUCCCCCUUUCCCAGAUUUUGACACUCAGUCACUGACUACUGAGAUCAUAGUAGAAUGUAAUGAAGGUUCUGUUAUUAUGUUUUACAUUGUCCUGGGCUACAUGGGACUUCUGUCCCUCAUCAGCUUGCUUGUGGCUUUUGUUGCUCGGAAGUUACCAGAUAGUUUUAAUGAGGCCAAAUCGAUCACUUUCAGCAUGCUGAUGUUUUGCAGUGUUUGGUUGUGUUUUGUUCCAACGUAUCUGAGCACCAAAGGGAAACAGAUGGUGGCUGUGGAGAUCUUCUCCAUCUUGGUUUCCAGUACUGGCUUACUGACUUGUAUCUUUUCCCUCAAGUGCUAUGUAAUCAUGCUGCGGCCUGACGUCAAUCAGAAGAAUCACUUCAUGAGAAAAAAUUAA